AAACUGACAAAUCUAUGAGAUUGUGUAGUGGGAAAAGCCUCCUUAUGAUCUUAGCUUCUUCUGUUCUUGCUCUAUUCUCACUCAAGUUCUUCACAAUCCUGAACUAAACAUGAAGAAAAUAGUGGUGAGAGUGGAUGUACCUGAUGAAAGAGCAAAGCAGAAGGCUAUGAAAGCAGUUUCCUGCCUUUCAGGGAUAAACUCGAUAACCAUGGAGAUGAAGGACAGGAAGAUGAUAGUGGUGGGGACAGUAGACCCAGUGGAAGUAGUGGAGAAGCUGAGAAAGCUUUGGUUUGCAGAGAUUCUCACAGUUGGACCUCCAAAAGAGGAAAACAAAAAACCACCAAUUACUUGCAUUGGGUAUCCCUGUUAUUGUUGUAACCAGCCCCCAACCUUCUAUUACAAGCAAGACGAAAUCCCAAAUGGUUGUGUUCUCUGUUGAAACCAUCAUUCUUUGUUAAAUAAGGUUUACCUUGUGUGCUGCUUCAA